AUGGCCAAAGUUUCAUCGGCAUCGAAAAUCAUCAUCUGGGACGAAUGCACAAUGGCGCAUAAACGUGCAUUAGAAGCACUUAACCGAACAUUGAAAGAUUUACGGAAUGACUCGAGAUGUUUUUGGAGGAGCAAUGAUUUUACUGUCUGGCGAUUUCCGCCAAACACUGCAGACGAACUUAUCAACAAUGUAUUUAACGACAUUAUUUCUAACUACAAAAAUAAUGAAUGGUUGAGUGAGCGAGCAAUUUUAGCGGCUAAGAAUAAAGAUGUAGACGACCUGAACUAUAUAAUUCAAAAUAAGAUCAUUGAAACAAUGCAUUCAUUCAAAUCUAUUGACUGCGUCACAAAUGAAGAUGAAGCCACCAACUAUCCAAUUGAAUUUUUAAACUCCUUGGAUGUGCCUGGCUUACCACCGCAAAAUUUACGCCUAAAGGUUGGCUCCGUAGUAAUCAUGCUUCGAAACAUAAACCACCAAAACUGUAAGGAAGUUCUCAUUUCGACGAUCCCCAUGAUCCCAACCGAUUUGCCGUUUGAAUUUAAAAGACUUCAAUUUCCGAUCCGUCUUGCAUUUUCCAUGACCAUCAACAAAUCACAAGGCCAAUCCUUAAAAGUUUGUGGUUUGAAUCUAGAACAUCCAUGUUUUUCCCAUGGUCAAUUGACUGCACGGAUGGCGUAG